CACGUUUCCAAUCGCAUUACGUGAACAAAUAGCGGAGGGGCUGCCGGGCCAGAACUGCUUGUGUAACUUUGCAAACGUGCCAGAAAGUUUAAAAUCUCUCCUCCUUCCUUCACUCCAGACGCUGCCCGCUCGCCGGGGCCGCCGCGCCGCUCCCCGCCGCCUUCCAGGAGGACUGGGAAAGAGGAGACAGGCGGGUGCCACGUCCCAGCAGCCGCCUUUGCUGGGCAAGGGUCCGCAGCCCACCCUUGGCAUUGCUUGUAGGGACUGAGUUACCGGCCUCCCUGGUUGAAGAUUUCUCCCCUCCCUCACGUGAUUCGGGCCCCGUUUCUCUCUUCUCCGAUCUGCGUCCUCCCGGAGUGGGAGCAGUCAGGCGACGGGAGCGAUGCGCUUCGCCUGGACCGCGCUUCUGCUCGGGCCGCUGCAGCUCUGCGCGCUCCUGCGCUGCGCCCCGCCGGCAGCCGGCCAACAGCAGCCCCCUCGCCAGCCGCCCGCGGCUCCGGCCGCCUGGCGCCAGAGGAUCCAAUGGGAGAACAACGGGCAGGUGUUCAGCCUGCUGAGCCUGGGCUCGCAGUACCAGCCGCAGCGCCGACGGGACCCGGGCACCACCGCCCCGGGCGCUGCCAACGCCGCAGCCCCGCAGCCGCGCACGCCGAUCCUGCUGCUCCGCAACCGCACGGCGGCAGCGCGGGAGCGGGCCGCAGGCACGGCGGGGGGCGCCGGCCGACCCAGACCCGCCGCCCGCCACUGGUUCCAGGCUGGCUACUCGGCGUCCGGGGCCCGCGACGCCAACCAGACCGCGCCGGGAGAGCGCCCGGCGCUCAGUAACCUGCGGCCGCCCAGCCGCGUGGAUGGCAUGGUGGGCGACGACCCCUACAACCCCUACAAGUACUCCGACGACAACCCCUAUUACAACUACUACGACACGUACGAAAGGCCUCGGCCUGGGAGCAGGUAUCGGCCCGGAUACGGCACCGGCUAUUUCCAGUACGGUCUCCCGGACCUGGUGCCAGAUCCGUACUACAUCCAGGCGUCCACGUACGUGCAAAAGAUGUCCAUGUACAACCUGAGAUGCGCUGCAGAGGAGAACUGCUUGGCCAGCUCAGCAUACAGGGCAGAUGUCAGAGAUUAUGAUCACAGGGUGCUGCUAAGAUUCCCUCAAAGAGUGAAAAACCAAGGGACAUCAGAUUUCUUACCCAGCCGACCAAGAUAUUCCUGGGAAUGGCACAGUUGUCACCAACAUUACCACAGCAUGGAUGAAUUCAGCCACUAUGACCUACUUGAUGCCAGUACCCAGAGGAGAGUGGCUGAAGGCCACAAAGCCAGUUUCUGUCUUGAGGACACAUCCUGUGACUAUGGCUACCACAGGCGAUUUGCAUGUACAGCACAUACACAGGGGUUGAGUCCUGGCUGCUAUGAUACCUACAAUGCAGACAUAGACUGCCAAUGGAUUGAUAUUACAGAUGUAAAACCUGGAAACUACAUUCUAAAGGUCAGUGUGAACCCCAGCUACCUGGUGCCUGAAUCGGACUAUUCCAACAAUGUCGUGCGCUGUGAAAUCCGCUACACGGGACACCAUGCAUAUGCCUCGGGCUGCACAAUCUCACCGUAUUAGAAAGCAAGCCAAAACUCCCAAUGGAUAAAUCAGUGCCUGGUGUUCUGAAGUGGGAAAAGAAUAGAUUAACUUCAGUAGGAUUUACAUAAUUUGAAAGAGUGAACAGAAAACAACAAGGAACUUUUGUUUGGACUGUUUUAUAACAUAGCACAUAACUGGAUUUUGAACAUUUAAAUUGGCAUUAUUUGGGAAAUUUUUAAUAUCAUUCAUAUAACUUUGUGAAUGAACACGGUGUUUUCAUUCUGUAGAUGCACACUUUGGCUCUUUGAAGGAAAUCCAAAUUUCUUAUGCUCCUUUGGAAAUUAUGGUGGAAAAGGGAAAUUAACAUUUCAGUGUUUCAAAAUGAAACAAAAUUACUAUGAAGUGAGAAUUUUCUUAAGUGCUGAAACUUAAGUGAACCAAAACACUAACUAACUGGCUUGUAUUUGUCUUAGUAUAGAUUAAUUCAGAAAGGAGGCUCCUACUGUUCAAAUAGAUACAGACACAUUUGGUGCUGAGCAAGGAACAAAGAUUACCAUUGGUGUCAAGCAAUAUUACUAUAUAGCAGAGAAAUGGCAAUAUAUGUAUUCAGAUAGUUACAUCCCUAUAUAAAAUUUAUGUUUACAUUUUAAAAUUAGUAAACUCCUGUCUUUCUGUUCAGUGUACCAUUUCAUUCUGACUUAAGUCAGCUUUUGUUUUGGAACAAAAUGAGUAACUGAGCUGUCCAAUUCCUGCCUGACAUUCGUUGAUGCUGCCUUAAUUCUUUAAUUUUCCUAUAGGCAGAGACCUUUUAAGUGACAUUCUUAAAAUCACCAUUCUGGGGACUGGUGUAUGGAGGACAGCUUUGUCUAUGGGAGGUCAUUCUGAUGACAGAUGUGAUAUAUUCAGAAAUACUAGCUAUGUGUUUAAAUAUAUAGAACUAUUAGCCUAAAACUUUUCCUGGCUGACAUACAAAUCAUAUAAACAAGUCCCCAAAACCACAAUUGUCUCUCACUUUAAAAAAUUAAUUUAAAAAAUCUUAGGUUUUCAACUUUUCUACAUUUUUCUUUAAUGUUUAGCUUUAAAAUGAAGAAUGCUAAAAACAAUUUAAACUAUCCAGAAUAGAUAACAUAGUAUCUGGAUAUAGGAACAUUAUCAAGGUCAUCAAGGAAUCAGUAACACUUUUUUUUUUCUUUUUCUUUCUGUAUCUGAAGUAUAAACCAAAUUAGCAAAGCACAUAACAUGACAUAAUUGAGGGGUUGGUGAAUAAGGGAAAAAAAAAAAAACUUUCCAUAAAACUGAAGGACUGUGCUGCAUAAUGAGACAGCUGUGAUUUUAUUUUAAAACUGUGAAACCAUGUGCCAUAACAAAAUUUGGAAAAUUCCUUUUUUUUCCUAGUUCUAAAAGGUGCAGAGAGAAAUCAAAUGACACUUUUAAGUUAGUGGUGCUUAGACAGAAGUCUUCCUGCAUUAACCAAUAUUAAAAUCUCAAGCAAGGGAUUUCCAAUGCCAGGACAUGUUUGGUAGAAUUUAAAAGUGAGUUGGGAUCCCUGUAUUACAGGUCAUAGAGUUGUAAAGUCUAUCAACACCAACUACUAAGAGUCUUUCUGCACUCACUAGUGCCUAGCACAGCAAGAGGGUCUAGAAGAUGGACAGUCAUCCAGAGGUGGAUGCAAUCCUCAUCUGCCAACAGAGAAUGCAGCUUGAUAGAGACCAGGAACUUUUAUUGAUCUGGUAUCUGAGCUAUGGAAUAGUUUCUUUGAUGUACCUCUUUGCCUUAUAUUGCUUUGUUAGUUUUAAGACUGUAGAACCAUCCUUUCAAAUCAUAAUCUUUUUUAAUAGAGAUAUUUUAAUAUACUUGCUUUAAACACACACACACACACACACACACACACACACACACACACA